AUGGCUGACCAUGCAUUCACACAGCUUCCCAGCAUGGUUCGAAAGCCCAAGGCUGUAUGGCCCGGCCUGGCCAAGAUGGGCAUGUACCAGAAGCAGAUAGCAGGCGACGGCAAUUGUCUGUUUGCAUCUCUCUCCGACCAACUCUACGGGACUCCGGCAAAACACCCCGAGAUACGUGCAAGUAUCAUUGACCACAUGCGAACCUAUCGUCCGCUUUUCGAACAAUAUGUCCAUAAAGAUGACGUGCAACAACGAAGGACUCUCCGUUCUGCUACAUUGGCCUCUCGCCAGGAGCCAGAAGACGCGUUCGAGGAAUAUUUGUCUCUCAUGUCACGGAGCGGGACCUACGGCGGAGAGCCUGAGCUGGUAGCCUUUUGUCAGGUCUUCGACCAGGAUGUCACAGUGCAUCUCCCACGUAUCCAGAAUUUCGACAGAGAUUCGAUUCUCUACACGAACGAGCACCGAGGAGAGCCCGCUUCUGUGACACCACUUCACAUCUGCUAUGGCGGAGAUGAGGUCACGCGAGCACACUACGACUCAGCUCGAAGCAGGGAUGGUUCCACUCCACGGCACAAGAACAGCCCUCUUCUCAAACCCCAAGACACGUCUCGCAACGCCACUGUUAGCUCGCCUUCGCCACAUCUCCUCCUCAGUACUAGAGCGAUCCGGAGCGGCAAGGCGGAACUAUCAUCUGAGUUCAUCCAGGACUUCCUGCAAAAGAGCAAGAGAGACACAGAGAGCAAUGUGGACCAGCUCAGUGACAAACACCGCGCCCGAAGUCCUUCUGUAACCUCAUCUCAACGCAGCUCGAGCUCCAAGAGAUCAUUGGAUGAGGACGGAGAGCCUGUUCGUGCCAGCAAAAGGGCAGAUAGACGGAAAAGCACCAGGAGGCGUGCAGAUAUGGCUAUUGUGGUCUGUGACCCAGACAAUGAACUCUCCCCGUCAAUGCCAAAUGGCUCGCCCGGUACGGAUACACCACCAAGCACGCAAGACACGGAAACAUCCGCGGACAUGCCGGCUCAAGAGAAUAUCCAUUCCACGAUCAAGGCCAAGCCUCUUGCAACGGAGGAAGGCACUGGCCCUGAAACUGUUGCCGACCCUGCGAAGCCACCACCGAAGAGUCAGCCUCGCAUCUCAUUCAGUCUCGUCAGCAACAAAGCAGUAACUGCCUCCGAGUCGUCCAGCUCAAGAUUGAUGUCGGUUGCCGAGAGGCCUAAACCGACAUUGCGAGCAUAG